AUGCCUCCAAAACGACUCAGUAGAAAGGAGCGAAGGAAGUUGUACACUUCACUGGCAGGCGAGCUGGUGAUCAUGGCCGGGACCGUCAUGCUGGCCUACUACUUCGAGUACACCGACACCUUCAGCGUGCACGUGCAGGGCUUUUUCUGCUACGACACCACGUACACUAAACCGUACCUGGGACCGGAGGACAGCAGCGCCGUCCCGCCCGUCCUGCUCUACGCCCUGGUGGCCGGGCUGCCCACGCUGCUGAUCACAAUCACAGAGACGGUGCUGUUCCUGGUCCAGUACACGUCCAAAGAGUUUGACCGCUCAGAGAAAACAGUGGCCACCGGGGACUGCUGUUACCUUAAUCCGCUGGUGCGCAGGACCUUCCGCUUCCUGGGAGUCUACACCUUCGGCCUCUUCACCGUCGACAUCUUUGUCAACGCAGGCCAGGUUGUGACAGGGAACCUGGCCCCCUACUUCCUGACUGUCUGUAAGCCCAACUACACGGCACUGGGCUGCCAGCAGGCUCUGCGCUACAUCAGCCACCAGGAGGCCUGCACAGGAAACCAGGAUGACAUCCUGCGCGCCCGCAAGACCUUCCCAUCCAAGGAGGCGGCACUCAGUGUCUAUGCUGCUCUCUACCUGGCUAUGUAUGUGACGUGCACGGUGCAGGCGAAGGGCACUCGUCUGGCCAAACCAGUGCUGUCUCUGGGGCUCAUGUGUCUGGCCUUUCUCACUGGUCUGAACCGCGUAGCUGAAUACCGCAACCACUGGUCGGAUGUCAUAGCCGGCUUCAUCAUCGGCACUGCCAUCGCCACUUUCCUGGUGGUGUGUGUGGUCCAUAACUUCAAAGGCAAGUUGCUGCUGAACGAGGAGUCGCCGGCGGAGCAGCGACCCAACACAGCCAUGCUGAACAUGGGCCGCAUGGAGAGUCCUCUGGAGAAGUACAUCGCCUCACAGAAUCACAUCGCCUUCGCUGAGGUCACAUGACGUGGAGUCGGCCGUGUGGCAGACCCAUUGGACAUCCACACUCUUCACCGUCCAAUCCAGUUAACCGGAGCGCAGCGCUAAAGCCCAUUCUGUGUGUGUCUGUGUGUGUGUGUGUGUGUGUGUUCUGCGGUAUGUUGGUCUGUGUUGUCUUUAUCAGGCCCCUGUUGUCAUUUGCAGCUUUGUGUAUUCAAGGAAAUAAAAAGAAAGAAAGAAGAGUCGCUAACCCAGCGGGACAGGUUGCUUCUGCUUUCUCCAUCUAUGCACUUAUUCUGAAUUCUUAUUUGACUCCUGUCUCCCAAAUGAAGCUUGUUGAGACCUGGAGCGGACUUGUUGUACGCUGUGGGACACUAGAAGAACAGGUGAAGACUUGGACUGCACCAUCUCAACUCUGCCAAGGUCAAUCAUGUUCCCAUGCUUUUGUUCUGUGUGUAAAAAAAAAAAAGAGGAAACCCCUCUCGCUAGAGUUUUGUUUUUGCUGUUAGCACAUCAUCCUUAUAACAUUCAGAGGACUGCUGUGGAAAUAUGACAGCAACAGAUGGGCCCAUAUUUAUCAAAGAAAUUCAUGUGAAAUUUUGGACUUACAUGAAAGUGAAACUAA